AUGCCCAUAAUCGAAGAUUUGCAAAAUAAUGCAAAAGGGUUUACAUCUCGCUUUCUUUGGUACUUUCCCAAGCCAAUAUUUUGUAAAUUGAAAGCAACAGUUCUUCAUGAUGACGAAAACGAUGAGGUUGAAAAAUUUGAGGAACAUCUAGGUGAGUCAUAUGACAGAACACUAAAGAAAAUUAAUACCAAAUACACACUCAUAUAACCUCAUCAUUAUUCUUUUUCCUGCUGUUUUAUUUUCUGGCAACGUUAAUUAUAUGUCGAAGGCGAAGCGUCAUACACCAUAGAGCAAGAUGAUAAGAUUACAAACGUUAUUGUCAAUCGGAAAAAAAUCAUACUUUCAGAGGAAGCAGCAACCGAAUUUGAAAACAUUCACGAUGACUGGGAGGUAACAUGUGAAAAAUAUCCAUACGAUCCUUUGAUAGGAGGUUGGGUAACAUGUAUUUUUACAUUUAUAUACGUACACAGAUUAAUUCUUACCAGUUGCAUCCCGUUCGUUCAUUUACAUAAUACUGUGCUGAGUGGUUAUAUUACUACCUUAAAAAAUAAGCAGAAACUCGACGUUUCGAGCGAAGGCCGUUCGUCAAGAGUUACUAACUUCUUGAUGAAAGGCCUUCGCUCGAAACGUCGAGUUUCUGCUUAUUUUUUAAGGUAGUAAUAUAACCACUCAGCACAGCAUUUUCACAUUGGUACUACCAACACUGGUACAGACAGAUUUAGUAUACAUUUAAAUGAUUUAAUGGUAACAGUAAGGCCAAAUAGAAUCUUGACGGUGACACUUUCACAAUCCAACAACUGCAACUAUACGAUUUUAGUAAAGCGUUCGACCGCAUCGACCAUAAUAUCCUAGUCCCAAAGUUGCUGGCCCUUGGCGUCAGAUUGUCGCUUAUUCCAUGGAUAUGCAGCUUUCUCUCAAAUCGCCGUCAAUCGGUAAAGAUCGACAAUUUCCAAUCUGAUUGGGGAAUCAAUAACGCAGGUGUCCCUCAAGGAACUAAAUUGGGCCCUAUUUUGUUCAUAAUUAUGAUCAACGAUCUUGAACUGGCAUCCUCUAGCACUGACCAUUGGAGAUACGUGGAUGACGUAACAAUAUCGGAGUCCUUAAAGAAAAAUGAAGUUUCAGUCCUACAAUCUGAUCUUAACACAAUUGAAAGAUGGACUGUUAAUAACAACAUGAAAUUGAACGGAAAGAAAUGCAAAGAAAUGAUAGUGAGUUUCGUCCGUAGCGAGAAUGACAUCCCCCGACUCCUCAUUGAUGGUUUACCUCUAGACUUAGUUCCUUCUUUCAAAAUUUUGGGCUUAACCAUGAACAAUAAAUUGAAAUGGCAAGAUAACACUGAAGCGUUAGUUAAAAAAGCCUCAAAACGCUUAUACAUUAUUCGUGUCCUACAGCGCUGUGGUCUUCCCCCCAAUGACCUCUUAUUAGUCUACUUUUCUAUGGUGCGCUCUAUCUUAGAAUAUGCCUGUCCUGUCUGGCACACCAUGUUACCAAAGUGUUUGGGGGAUAAAAUUGAAAAACUUCAAAAAAGAGCUUUCCGUAUUAUUUAUCCGACAACAGAUUACGAAGAUGCUCUCAACAUCGCUAAAUACAAGCGUCUUGACGACAGACGUCAAGAGCUAUGUGCUAAAACUUUCAAAAAGAUCUUAAAACCCGAUGCUCACCUCAACCACCUCUUACCCCCACUCCGUGAAGAAUCGCAUGAACUGGGCUUAAGAAACAAUUCUAACUUUACAUUAACUAAAUGCAGAACGGAACGUUUUAAAACUAGUUUUAUACCAGCAAUGACUGCUAAUUUUAAUAGUAAAUAAUUUGUAGUAUUUUAACAACUGUACAUAUACGAUAUAUCUAUAUUUAUAUUAUUUGAUAUUCAUCCUUUAUUAUGUUUCUGUAAGCAUAUUGCAAUUCACCUUCGGGUGCCAAAAUGUGUUUCUUAAUAAACCUUUAAUACUAAUAAUACUAAUAAUACUAAUAAUACUAAUAAUACUAAUAAUACUAAUAAUACUAAUAAUACUAAUAAUACUAAUAAUACUAAUAAUACUAAUAAUACUAAUAAUACUAAUAAUACUAAUAAUAAUACUAAUACUUAGGCCAAUAUAUUUUAGGUCUGUAUUCGAGAGGAAAAUCUCAAGUGCUUCGUCUGGCAAUCCCAAUGCAAUUAUUAUUGGAUUUCUUUGCGAUGUUUGAGAACCACGGCGCAUUACACAAUGACGAACAAAUGGAAUAUGGCCUGCCAUGACAAGAUCAAUCUACUUCAUCGACUUCAGUUACAAAAGAACCCAAAUGCCAUGAUAACCAAAAUGCGUCAGGAAACAUCGACCAACCGGAGAACCCGACCUCUAUUGUAUCUGACUAUAAUAAACAGCCUGCAGAGACUAGUUCUCAAGAAAACGUAACGAAUGCCGAAAAUGAUGAGCAAGAUUGCAUCCCUACACCACCAUCCUCUAUUCCGUCUGAUGAUGAGACCCUAUCCCUACACCAUCAUUAA